GUCGCUGGUAACCCUAAACAUACUCCAAUGGUGAUGGUUGUGUCGGUCGUCAGGCUUUUUCUUCCUCCGUGAGAAGAGAAGUUUCUUUCUUUCACUUAAGACUGCUUUGUUCCUAACCUACCAUUUGACGUCGAGCCCAAUUCACAACAGAGGGGGCUGUUGCUGUGAUGUCAUUUCAGGAAGACACUGUUCAGGCUAAGGAACUGACAACCAUGAGUUGUCCAGCGACGACCAGCAGCAAAGCUCGCAGCCACACGCCCACCACCAACCAGGACUUGGCGGGGCUGUUUGAGUGCCCGGUGUGCUUUGACUAUGUCCUGCCGCCCAUACUGCAGUGUCAGAGUGGCCAUCUUGUCUGCUCCAGUUGCAGACCCAAGCUUAACUGUUGCCCUACCUGUCGUGGGCCUCUCGGCAGCAUACGCAACCUAGCCAUGGAGAAGGUGGCCCAGACGGUCAUGUUCCCCUGCAAGUAUUCCUCCUCAGGAUGCAUGGCCACCAUGUCCUACACAGAGAAGCCAGAGCAUGAGGAGACAUGCGAGUUCCGGCCCUACUCCUGCCCCUGUCCCGGGGCCUCCUGUAAGUGGCAGGGGUCGCUGGAGCGGGUCAUGCCCCACCUCAACCAUGCGCACAAGAGCAUCACUACACUACAAGGUGAAGACAUAGUAUUCCUUGCCACAGACAUCAACCUUCCAGGGGCCGUUGACUGGGUCAUGAUGCAGAGCUGUUUCGGCAACCACUUCAUGUUGGUCUUAGAGAAGCAGGAAAAGUUUGACGGCCUUCAGCAGUUCUUUGCCAUCGUCCAACUCAUCGGCACCCGCAAACAAGCCGAGAACUUCGCAUACAGACUGGAACUGAACGGCCACAGAAGGCGACUGUCCUGGGAGGCCACACCCCGCUCCAUCCAUGAAGGCGUAGCGGCCGCCAUCAUGAACAGCGACUGUCUUGUCUUUGACUCCAGCAUUGCCCAGCUGUUUGCCGAGAACGGAAACCUGGGCAUCAACGUGACCAUCUCCAUGUGCUGAGCAGUGCCAAAGAUCACAAACUUGAUUAAGAAAAGGAACACGAUGGGGAUGCCUUUUUCUUUUUGGAGAUGGAAAGCCGGAAGGACGGAGAGUGAGUGCCGCUUGACUAGCGUUGCUCACUAAAUGAGUGUUACCAUCUUGACUGAGGGGUUGUGAUUAAUCUUCAGCACGGCUUUCAUAUACUUCAAACUCACCUUGAGAGACCAAACGAUCGGAUCUGUGGAUUUGACAGACUGGAAUGCUCAAUUAUGGCAGGUGUUUUUAUAAACCAGUUUCCAUCAACAAGCUGACCCAAAGCCUGGAGGAGGAAUUGCCAAAAACAUAAGUGUCGACAUGUAUAUGUGUGGUUCUUUUCUUACAGGUGCUUCAGUGCAUUGUAUGGUAGCAGAUGUUGCUACUUCUUUAGUAAGCAUUGAGGAAAUGCUGUAAAGAGUCAUCAAAGGUUAACCCAACGCUCAUUAUUUACUGUUUAACAGUGUGAUAUUAUGGGAAUAAAUUGUUACUUCGAGGAGAGAGUAGCCCAGGUGUACUUGAAUGAGAUUCCACGCUGGCUUAUCACAGUGUACACAAUAGCCAUCGGCAUGCUGAAAUCUGAAUUUUUUUUCCCCAGAGUUUGGAUAAUACAUGUUUGUGCAAGGAAUUGUAUGAAACAGCUUGAAAAAAAAACUUGAGUUUCCUAUUGCAAGGAAUGCACUUGGAAGAAAGACGAAAAGCAAGGAACAAACAUCUUAAAACUGAGAAAGCUCUUAAAAGGAAAAGUGCAUCCUUAUACUGAGUUUUGAUUUUUGAAACGGUACCCUCCUUCUACUAGAACCUUGAAAACCAAAACGCUUUUGGUUUUACAUUGCUGUAUAUGAGACAUAGCUGUAUAUGAAUUUAAAAAACUUAACAUGCAGCCACCAUCCUUGUCUGGCACCUGACGUCGUGAUGAAGAAACACUAUAUGAGGCAAGUCCCACACCAUCAGUUCCAGUCUACAUGUAUAUUUCAUGAUAGGAGCCUCAUUUCAAUUCUGCAUGACUUAAGUAUACAUGGCAGAUAAAAGCGGUUAGUGUACACCACAAAACAACCCCAACCAUCUUUCAGGGUCACUUUACCAUAAAAUGUGAAAACCCCCAAAAAGUAACCCUUCACAUUUUAAGAGACUUCACCAACAAGACUGCCGAUCAUUUGUGCAGAUUAACUGGCAAUACAGUCAUGGUUCAAGAAUGGAUUUAGAUUCUAUUCCCCUAAAACAGACGCUCUUCAACUCCUCAUGGGCAAGCUUCCAGAGGCUUGUCACCAG